GAAGCAGACGACAAUGAUGAUGAAGAGGAAAACCAAGAUGAAGGAGAUGUAAAAGAAGACAAAGAACAAGAGGAAACACAGAAAGAAACAGAGAAACAAGUAAAAAGGGAGUAGAUGAAGAAGUAGCCGUGGAAGAGAGCGAGGAUGACAGAGAGAAUGCGAGUUUUGAUCCUGGCGAAUCAUGUGCCAAUGUGAGGCUAAAGGAGGUAGAAAAUAUCUUACAAAUUUAAGAACUACUUUGCAUUUCAUUCACGUGGGUCAUGGGGGAAAUCAAAGCGAUGAAAACCUUUUAUACUAGCUAGUUUAAUCUAGUUUAAUCACAAGAACCACUUUGGCAAAAUGACACUGAUGACUUGGCUAAGACUUGUAAAACAUCUUGUCACUUUCCUGACUUUUGGCAUAAGUAAGUUCGAAGCGAAGCCCUUGUUAGCCAUGGUAUAACACCUCCUGCUAGUAGAAUCUUUCAUUGGCCACUUGCAUAAAGACAGGGCAUUGCCACCUGCUAUAUUCAAUCUUUGGUGACCACUUCAAAUUUCCUUCAUGAAGAUGAAAGGUGUGGGGACUACCAAGAUUACUCUCUCUCUCUUGCGGCCUUCACCCGCUCAGACGGCAACUGGACAGAGCAAAAGUCGUCACAAAUAGAAUGCUGGACAUCAGAGUUUUAUGGCCUCAGUACCAAGAGUUGGUUAGAAACCUCCACUGCCAGUACCAGGACGCUCCUGCCCAUGCUGCAAUCAAGGCCCGCCUGCAUAUGGAUUUUACGAUGCUUCUUCUUUUUGCUGUCACUCUAGGUCGAGGGAGAGAACUGAGAACUCUAUGUUUGCUGAUGGAAAUGCCAGAAGGCAGAGUUCAGACGCUUGCCCGAAGGCGUCAAUGUAGUAGUCAUCUCAGACAAUCGCCCGCUCUAGCUAGUUGA